AUGGUUGAUGGUUUAACUGAUUUGAAAGAAAAAAAUUUAGAAAAUAGGCAUUGUGAACCAUGCAUACUUGCUAAGAUUACACGCCUUCCUUUUAAUGGGAAAAUGUAUAAGGCUAGGAAACCCUUAGUACUAGUACAUACCGAUGUUUGUUCUGUUAGCCCUUCUCCGUGGGGCGGGUAUAAACACUUUGUUACUUUCAUAGACGAUUUUACCCACUUCACCGCAGUUUACUUAUUAAGAGACAAGUUUGAGGUUUUUGAAUAUUUUAAGACUUAUUAUAAUUAUGCUAGUAAUCAUUUUGGUCAUGGUAUAUUGAAGUUAAAAUCAGAUAAUGGUGGUGAGUAUGUUUCUAGAAAUUUUAAAUCCUAUUGUGAUGAAAAAGGCAUAGUAUUGCAGUAUACUGCUGCAUAUAAUCCCGAAAUGAACGGAGUAGCUGAAAGAAUGAAUCGUACUCUGACUGAAAAGGCGCGUGCUUUAUUGUUAAAUUCACAGCUACCUAAAGAGCUUUGGGACGAGGCCCUGCGAUAUGCGGUAUAUGUCACUAAUAGUAGUCCCACUGCUUCCCUUAAUGUUACAGCAUUUGAAAUGUGGGAGGGAAGACGUCCUAAUGUGUCUAAUUUUAGAAUAUUUGGGUCAUCUGCAUAUGCCCAUAUUCUCCAAAAACUCCGAAUGAAGUUGGACCCUCGUGGUGUGAAAUUGAAAAUGGUUGGGUAUGCUCCGGGGGGAUACAGAUUAUGGGAUGCUAAUGAAAGGAAGAUACACAUAGAACGAAACGUAUUGUUUAGGGAAGAAACAUGUUCAGAGUCCCCUGAAACGAUUAGUAUUGACGUGGAGUCUAUCUCGGAUGGGAAGGAGAAGGAUGGUGGUAGUAGUCCUGAGAAAACCAAAACCCCUUUAAUUUCUGAUAAAACCCAAACCCAUGGUACUGAGAAAAUUUUAACUUCUGAUAAUAAUUUAGAGUCAUUACAACCUGAGGGAAGGGAUACAGAUAAUGUUAAUUCUAGGGAGAAAAGAAAGAAAACUAAACCAAAAUAUUUACUAGAUUUUGUCACUGUUGAUUCAGAUUUAGGUGAUAUAUUAAUGGCAUCAUUUUUAUCUUGUUCUAAUGGUAAUGUCCCAGAAAAGUAUAAUGGUAUAGAUUCUUAUGAUUGUAGAUGGAUUUUUACAAAAAAGGCGGGUAAUGUAUAUAAAGCUGCAACAAGACGAGUUGCAAGGGGGUUUCAACAGGAAGGUAGUUUUACCGAAAUUUAUUCUCCCGUUUUGAAAUUACAAACUCUCUGA